GCCCAGCCGGGGUCUUAAGGGCUGGGGCAGCAGACGAGCAGCAGCUGGGCAGAGCAGGUCCAGACAGCAGCAUGUCCAGCGCCCACUUCGUCCGUGGCCCAGCCUAUGGGCUCUCCGCCGAAGUCAAGAGCAAGUUGGCCCAGAAGUAUGACCCCUUGAGGGAGCAGGAGCUACGGGCCUGGAUUGAGGCAAUGACGGGCCGGCGCAUCGGGGACAACUUCAUGGAGGGGCUGAAGGACGGUGUCAUCCUGUGCGAACUCAUCAACAAGCUACAGCCGGGCUCUGUACGCAAGGUGAAUGAGUCCACACAGAACUGGCACAAGCUGGAGAACAUUGGGAACUUCAUCACUGCCAUCUCACGCUAUGGUGUCAAGGCCCAUGACAUCUUCGAGGCCAACGACCUAUUCGAGAAUGCCAACCACACCCAGGUGCAGAGCACCCUGCUUGCCCUGGCCAGUCAGGCCAAAACUAAAGGGAACCAGGUGAAUGUGGGGGUCAAGUAUGCAGAGAAACAGCAGCGCCGGUUCGAGCCUGAGAAGCUGCGGGAAGGACGCAACAUCAUUGGGCUGCAGAUGGGCACCAACAAGUUUGCAAGCCAGCAGGGCAUGACGGCCUACGGCACCCGCCGGCACCUCUAUGACCCUAAGCUGGGCAACGAGCAGCCGCUUGACCAGGCCACCAUCAGCCUCCAGAUGGGCACCAACAAGGGUGCCAGCCAGUCGGGCAUGACAGCGCCAGGCACCAAGCGGCAGAUCUUCGAGCCAGCCCUGGGCAUGGAGCACUGUGACACCCUGCAUGUGUCACUGCAGAUGGGCAGUAACAAGGGCGCGUCCCAGCAGGGCAUGACCGUGUACGGGCUCCCGCGUCAAGUCUACGACCCCAAGUACUGCCUGAACCCUGGCGACGAGCAGCUCUAUGAGCUCUACAACUCUGCCUGAGUCCCGGGGGCUGGGGAGAGGAAGGUGUUGGGGGGCGGGGGCUGAGGGGACUGGCCAGGGCCCCCCUGCUUGGCUGCAGCUUUAGGCAGACAGACAGCAGCUUCCCACAACUCACAGCCCCCAGCCCAGCCCAGCCCAGCCUCUACCCUCCCCCCUUAUUUUAGUGCAAAAUACAAGCAGAGCCCCCAUGGUGGAACCCCCAGGAGCAAGGCAGAGAGGAGAGGGACUCACCAGCAUGUGCAAGAGCCUGGCCUUGGGGAUGAGUUUGAGGGGGCAGUGAGUGCUGCUCACUAGUGCAAGGUGGGGAGGGAGGUGGUGUGGAUGCUGGGCUGGGUUGGGCUGGGCCUCCUCACAUGGGGAUCUGUCCAAGCAAGGCAGUGGGUGCAAGGGGCCAGGGCUCAGGGCCACAGGUGAAAGGGAAGGGGGAAGACACCUGUACUUGACCCCUCCUGCCCCCAACACUUUCAGGCCUGGGCGGCUCCUCAGCUGGUGCUUGUGGACUAACCAUGCAGCAAUGCAGACGCUCGGGAGAAGCCUCUGGCCCGAGCCCAGUCCCGCCUGCAUGUGCUGAACACCCCCUGCUCCCAGCACUGCUCCCAGUUACCCUUACUGUGGCACAAUAAAGAGAGAGAGAAAAGC